CUCCUCGUGUGCCGUACAGACAGGUUUUCCUCCACCGCACCGGCUCUGCACAGAGUUAUCCAGCGCGCCAGUCCUCAUGGAACCCGAACAGAUGGGCCCUCAGACUUUCCUUUACGGCUGUGAGCUGAAGCAGGGAAAGGAAGUGACCUUUAACCCCGAGGAUGACGACUUCGAGCAUCAGCUGUCCGUCAGGAUGGCGUGCGUCGAUCAGGCCACCAAAGACGAGCUGAACGUCGUGGAAGUCGAGGGCCAGGACUCCGAAGGUCAGAAGGUCAAAGCCGUGCUGGCUACGCUGAAGCCGUCCACAAUGCCAAGUGUGUGUCUGGGUGGGUUUGAGAUCACUCCUCCUGUUGUUUUCCGUCUGCGUACCGGCUCCGGUCCAGUUUACGUCAGCGGCCAGCACCUUGUCAUGAUGGGCGGAGAUCAGUCUUUCGAUGAAGAUGAUGAAGAGGAGGAGGAAGAAGAGGAGGAGGAGACAAGGACUCCUCUGAAGAGAGCAGCUCUGGUCACCACAAAGCCAUCAAAAAAGAUGAAGAUGGAAGAGGAGGAUGAAGAUGAUGAUGAAGAUGAUGAUGAUGAUGAGGAUGAGGAGGAUGAGGAAGAAGAGGAGAGCGAAGAGGAAACGCCCGUGAAGGCCAAGAAACCAGCAGCCAAACCGCAGACUCCUGCUCAGAACGGCAAAUCCAACACGCCAGCACCCAAACAGAACAAGACACCAGACGCUGGCAAGAAGAACGAGAAGAAACCACAGACCCCCAAAAGCCCACAAACGCCCAAGACUCCACAAACACCUCUCAGCGUCCUGGAUCUCAAGUCUAAGAUGAUGGCUGCCGUAGGCAAGGGAGUGCAGCUACCCAAACUUCAGCCAAAGUUUGAAAACUAUGUGAAGAACUGCUUAAAAGUUACUGAUUCAGAGGUGAUGGGUGAGCUGUGGCAGUGGAGACAGACAUUGAAGAAUUAAUCCAACGUUUUACUCAGUUAAAUUAUGUCUUGUCUUUUUGUUGUUGUUUUUUUUUUUUUAAAUUUCUCCAUCCUGAGUUGUUCUGUCUGAUCCGUGCCGUUCUUUUUAAAAAGUUCAUUUAAAAGUCACUUUAUACCA